CCAUUUUGUGGAUAAGCAGUUCAACAUUUCUGCAAUGAAGCAUCUCGAAAAUACAAUCGUGUAAGAUCAGGAGGUCCCAGGAAAAGGGGUGUGUUGGCCUAACAUGAGUUCCAGUGAAGAAGAGGAGCAUGACUGUGAGCCUGUGGGCCAUAGGCAGCAGAAGAGACCACACUCUCCUGUACCGAGCUGUGUGUCCAUGAAGAGUGACCAGUCCAUGGAUCUAACAAGAACAUUUGCAGAAGGAGGUGUUCCUGCUGGUCAGAGCCCCAUGCAGCGAAAGAGACCACACUCUCCUGUACCCAGCUGUAUGUCCAUGAAGAGUGACUGGUCCAUGGAUCAACCAUUGCAAUUUGCAGGAGGAGGUGUUCCUGCUGGUCAGAGCCCAAAGAGGAAGAUGAGGUCCCACUCACCUACAUUCAGUGAUUGUUCGUCCAAAGAUUGGCCAAUCAACCCUACAGGAGGAGACUCAUCUAUUGAAGUAUAUCAGCAGAUCCACAAAUCCCACCUACAGAAGAAGUUUCAGUCUCUGAUUGAGGGAAUCCCACAGCAGAGAGACACCAGACUCCUCCAUGAGAUCUACACAGACCUCUACAUUACAGAGGGGGGAGAAGGAGAGAUCAAUGAUGAACAUGAGGUCAGACAGAUAGAGAGGGCAUCCUGGAGAGAAGCAGCACAAGGCAGUCCAAUCAAAUGCAGUGACUUAUUUAAACUCUCACCGGAAGAGGAAAGACGCAGAAAAGAACGCUUCCUGAAAGAGGAGAGACGCAGAAAAGAUGAGGCAGAAAAGAAAGGCAGAAUCUUUAACCCCAAACAGUACAAACCCCUCAGAACAGUGCUGACAAAGGGAGUGGCUGGCAUUGGAAAAACAGUCUCUGUGCAGAAGUUCAUUCUGGACUGGGCUGAAGGAACAGCUAAUCAGGAUAUCCACUUCAUAUAUCCUCUUCCUUUCCGGGAGCUGAACCUGAUGAAGGAGAAGAAACUCAGUCUGAUGGAUCUUAUUCAGCACUUCUUCCCUGAAAUCAAAGAUCCCAGAGUCUUCACCAGUUCAGCACACAGAGUCAUGUUCAUCUUUGAUGGUCUGGAUGAGUGUCGACUUCCUCUACAUUUCCACUCCAACCCGACCUGUUGUGAUGUGACAGCACCAGCCUCAGUGGACGUACUGCUAACGAACCUCAUCAAGGGGGAUCUGCUUCCCUCUGCUCUCCUCUGGAUCACCACCCGACCAGCAGCAGCCAAUCAGAUCCCUCCUGAGUGUGUGGAUCGGGUGACAGAAAUAAGGGGAUUCAAUGACCCACAGAAAGAUGAGUACUUCAGGAAGAGAAUCAGUGAUGAGAACCUUUUCAACAAAACCAUCACACACCUGAAGUCAUCCAGGAGCCUCUACAUCAUGUGCCACAUUCCAGUCUUCUGCUGGAUUUCAGCCACUGUUGUAGAGUGCACAUCAAAAGAAUCAGACAAAGUAGAAAUGCCAAGGACUCUGACUCAAAUGUACACACACUUCCUGAUCAUCCAGACAAGCGUGAAAAAUGUCAAGUACACAGAGAGAAAAGAGACAAAUGAAGAGGUGAUUUUCAAACUGGGGAAACUGGCUUUCCAACAGCUGGAGAAAGGUAACCUGAUCUUCUAUGAGGAAGACUUGAGUGAGUGUGGCAUUGACAUCACAGAAGCAUCAGUGUACUCAGGAGUGUGUACUCAGAUCUUCAGAGAGGAGGCUGGGCUGUACCAGGGGAAGGUGUUCAGCUUUGUGCAUCUGAGCAUCCAGGAGUUUCUUGCAGCUCUCUAUGUGUUCCUCUGUUUCAGCAACAGACAGAGAAACAUGCCUGACCAACAACAAACCUCUCAGCUCUCUGCUUUGUUAGGAGUUACAACACUUUAUGACCUACACAAGACUGCAGUGGACCUGGCCUUACAGAGUAAGAAUGGACACCUGGACCUUUUCCUCCGCUUCCUUCUGGGCCUCUCACUGGGCUCCAAUCAAAAUCUCUUAAAGCACCUACUGCCACAGAGUAGCAGCCAAUCAGAUAGCUCAGAGCAAACAGUGCAGUAUGUCAAACAGAAGAUCAGAGAUCAGAGUAGCUCAUACAGAAGGAUCAACCUGUUCUACUGUCUGAAUGAGCUGAAUCACCAUGCUGUAGUGGAACACAAAAAGAGCUCAGUAGAUCUGCAUGUAGAGAUGCUCUUACCAGGACGGUGGAAUACUCAGAGAUUUCCUUUUAAGAUGUCAGAAGAGCAGCUGGCUGAGGUUGACCUGCAGAAGUACAUGGGGACUCCAGAGGAAGAUCAGACUGAACUCCUCAGUCCAGAUGAAGUUAUUCAGAAGCUGGUGCCAGUGAUCACAACAUGUACAUCAGCUAAGCUGGAGAUGUGUAAUCUGACUGAGAAGAGCUGUUCCUAUCUGGCCUCUGCCCUGACCGCACACUCCUCAAGUCUCAGACUGCUGGACCUGACUGACAAUAAGCUGCUGGACUCAGGAGUGGAACUGUUAUGUUCUGCACUUUGUCAUCAAAACUGCAAACUGAAAGAACUACACCUAUGGUACUGUGAUCUGACUGAGAAGAGCUGUUCCUAUCUGGCCUCUGCCCUGACCGCACACUCCUCAAGUCUCAGACUGCUGAACCUGAGUGAGAAUAAGCUGCUGGACUCAGGAGUGGAACUUUUAUGUUCUGCACUUUGUCAUCACAACUGCAAACUGGAGGAACUAGACCUACCGUGGUGUUGGCUGACUGAUAAGGGCUGUUCCUAUCUGGCCUCUGCUGUGUCCACACACUCCUCAAGUCUCAGAGUGCUGCACCUGAGUCCCAAUAAGCGGAUUAGUGCAUCAACUGUAGAGCAGCUCUCUGCUCUAGUGGAGGACCCACACUGUAAACUGGAGAAACUAGAGUGGGAGGAAGAUGAUGAUUCGGAGGAGGAAGAUGAUGAUGGUAGCGAGGAAGAUGAGGAGGAGAAAGACGAUGAUGGGGAGGAAGAUGAUGAUGAGGAGGAGAAAGAUGAUUUGGAGGAAGAUGACGAUGAGGAGGAGGAGGAUUGAGGAGCUCAUUAAGUGACCUUUUACACACACACACACACACACACACACACACACACACACACACACACACACAUACAGACACACACACACACACACACACACACACACAUACACACUGAUCAGCCAAAGAUGAUUGACAGCAUGCAGCAUGGACUCAGCAGACAUAAGAGACUCUCACACAUGCACAGAUGUCCAUGUGGACUGGGGUGAACACUGUGUGAAUGUCCAUAUCUGUUGAAGCUGUUCACUAUUGUUUUGUCAUGAUAUCAGAUGGACAUGUGGGUUGGACAAUGUAUAAAAUUCAGUAUCUGUUGUAAAAUAUGAAAUUAAAUAAACUUAUUUGAUGGUG